GGGCCUGGUCUGGGCGGAGGGCGGAGGAGGGACCCCGAUCUCUCGUUGAGGCCGCCGCCGGGCUGCUGGUGGGGCCUUGGGGAGGAGAGAGGAGGCAGCGACCCCGGGGCUGGAGCCCGAAGGACCCCGAGAAGGACGCCAAGGAAGGGAGGGAAGCAGGGAAAGGAGGAGGGAGGGAGCCUCCGAGACAAAGAGCCGAGGAGGGAAGCCCUCUCUCUCUUUCCCGCCUCCUCCUCCUCCUCCUCCUCUUUCUGCUGCUGCUGCCAUUCUUCCUCCGCCGGAGAGUUGAGGAGGCAGGCGCCCAGUGAGGAGAGCCCGAGGCGGCCCCAGGGCCAGCGCCUCCCAGCGAAGUACAUUUCGCAACUAUAUAUGACUUGCUGUAGCACAUUGAUUGACUUCCCGAAGUCACUGCACUGAUUCUCAUAUUGGAAGUAAAAUGAUGCAGACAGAAGGGAAAAGGUUGCACACCUCUGUUCUUCCUAAAAAAUUUAAUCAAUGUUUCUCCGGAUGAGCAGAUUGAUGUGAAUGCCACUAAUUGGUGAUUUAAUAAAAGAAAUUUGGAAGUGUACAGAGAGAUCUGUGAGUCACUUGGACUUGAUCCUUGCAACAUCCUGUGGACAAUUCAAGAAUCUCUCAGAAUCUUGGAAGCAUAAUUUUGGUCAAGACUUAACUUUCAUUGUCUGGAUCUUGAGUUGUGCCAAAGAGGGACUCCAUGAAAGAUGACAGAAGAAGUUAUUGUUAUAGCAAAGUGGGAUUACACUGCGCAACAGGACCAAGAACUUGACAUAAAGAAGAAUGAGCGCCUCUGGCUGCUAGAUGACUCCAAAACAUGGUGGAGGGUAAGAAAUGCAGCCAACAAAACAGGAUAUGUGCCAUCAAAUUAUGUGGAGAGAAAGAACAGCCUGAAGAAGGGUUCUUUGGUUAAGAACCUGAAAGACACAUUGGGCUUGGGUAAAACAAAGCGAAAGACGAGUGCCAGAGAUGCCUCACCGACCCCUAGUACUGAUGCCGAAUACCCAUCCAAUGGUAGUAGUGCUGAUCGGAUUUAUGACUUGAACAUCCCAGCAUAUGUUAAAUUUGCCUACGUAGCAGAGAGAGAGGAUGAACUGUCUCUUGUAAAGGGAUCUCGAGUUAUUGUUAUGGAAAAAUGCAGCGACGGCUGGUGGAGGGGGAGCUACAAUGGACAAAUUGGCUGGUUUCCUUCAAACUAUGUAGUAGAGGAAGUUGAAGAAGCAACCGCUGAUUCACCAAGUUUUCUGAGUUUGAGGAAGGGAGCAUCUAUGAGUAAUGGCCAAGCCAUGAAAGUACUUCAUGUUGUUCAGACGUUGUAUCCAUUCAGUUCUGUCACAGAAGAAGAGCUCAACUUUGAAAAAGGUGAAACCAUGGAAGUCAUAGAGAAACCUGAAAAUGACCCUGAAUGGUGGAAAUGUAAAAAUGCCCGAGGGCAAAUCGGUCUUGUUCCCAAAAACUAUGUAGUAAUCUUAAGUGAUGGCCCUACCAUGAACGCUUCCCAUCCACCCCAGAUAAGCUACACGGGGCCCUCUUCUACAGGACGGUUUGCAGGAAGAGAAUGGUAUUAUGGGAAUGUUACUCGGCAUCAAGCAGAAUGUGCUCUAAAUGAGAGAGGAGUAGAAGGGGAUUUCCUUGUCAGAGAUAGUGAAUCUUCGCCCAGUGACUUCUCAGUAUCGCUAAAGGCAUCAGGGAAGAACAAACAUUUCAAGGUGCAGCUGGUGGACAGUGUCUAUUGCAUUGGGCAGCGUCGAUUUAAUACUAUGGAUGAGUUGGUGGAACACUACAAAAAGGCUCCUAUCUUCACCAGUGAACAUGGGGAAAAGUUAUAUCUCAUCAAAGCACUUCAGUGACGUUGAAGAUGGACUAGGCCUGCCAAGGCCUCUUAUAACUUCCAAGCCUUAGGUCUGAGAUUCACUUUUAUAGAGCAGAGCAGUCUAUACCAGUCUGAGAUAGUCGUCGAGAACGACCUUUUCUAAAGUAUUUGCUCUGUUGAUUAUAUUCUUUCUCUCUUUGCCCCCCCCUUUUUUUUGUUUUGUUUUUGUUUUUGUUUUGUUUUGUUUGUUUGCCUACUUUGUCUUUUAAAAGUUCAGUUGUUUCACAUGCCCCCUCAGGUUGAAAAUCUCACUUAAGUGACCAUUGCAAGUACUCAGUUUGUUCCCUGGGUUCUAAACCCCUCUCUUCUGUGUACCUUUACAUAGUUAAUUCACAUAAAUGAGGGGCGUUCUCAGUUUAAAACAGUGUUAAAUUGUUCUGGUAGUGAAUGUUAGCAGAAAGCUAGCAGAACUCGUCAUUGAGAGACUGGACACGGUUGGAAUGCACUGAACCUGCAGCUAACUAAGUGAAACAUAGUAGGCAUAACAGGUUUCGGCUGUGAGUUCUGUAGCUAUUUUGCUUACCAAGUAGUAUAUUCCAGAAAUUCCUAGUAUCUAGAAGCACUCUUUACACUCUCUAUUCAACUAUUACAUUGCCUCCUUGACUCUUUGUGAAGAGUACACUAACUAAAGCAUUUUGUAAUAGAACUUCUUAAACUACUACGGUAAGAUUGUAGUUAAAGAAAACUAUCUAGCGUACUUUGACAUGUAAUUGCAACAGAGAUGUUUCAUUGAAAGUUGGUUACUUAGAGAAUCAUUGAAUUGUAAUGGUUGAAUGUUUUGGUAAUAUACAACCAAAUGUGCCAUCCACAUAAUGCUUUUUCUUCUUGCCCUUCUGCUUGUUUGAAUUAAACAAUUAUGUAUUUAAUUCUUAAAGUAAUAUGUAUCUGUAGCUGAUUGACACUAAUACAGAAGUUUAAUAAACAUAAUUAAUUAUGGGUGGGUGGGGCUUCCAACACAUACAUGCAUACAUAUAAUAUAUAUCUAUAUAUAUUUGCAUUACAGAAAAGAAAUCAGGGUUUACAAAAGGUGGUGUGAUUGAUAGUGAGACACACAGAAUGUUAUAUGAAGAAAAUGCUUUUUCUUUUUCUUUUCUUUUAACCUUCUUAUGGUUUUAAAUAUAGUCUUGAUGGCACAUUCCUCAAAUUGGAGAAAGAAAAAAAAGGACCUUAUGAUCCAAGAAACUUGCAUACCCAUUUUUUUGAUAUUGUAAUAAAAAAAAGGUAUCAUAUGAA